AAUGUGGUCCACUUCCAAGAUAUUUGGGAUGCUUCUAUCCAUUUCCACAUGGUUUUCACUCUUCUGUCGUCCAUGGAUAGAAAGUGCAUGCCUUCAUCUUCUUCCCUCACUCCCAAAACGCACAUAAAAAAUGCAAACAUAAUUCCAAAGUGGGCACUAAUUCACCAAAGAAAGAACAGAGUUUGCCUCAAAUUCAGGAUCAACAAAUAUCCUUGUGGUUGCCAAUGGAAGCAGAAGGGAAAGACAUGGAGGACUCAAAGAAUCUAUGUGACAAAGGAGGGAGAAAAUCUGAUACGAGUGAAAGAGGAUCCUGUCAAGGGAGAUGGAAUAAAGGGAACUAUAGCUGGGGCAGUUGCUCUUAUUAUUGGUACUAGUAUUGGAUCAGGGAUACUUGCACUCCCACAGAAGGCCUCUCCUGCUGGUGUGCUUCCAAGUUCAAUAUCCUUGAUAAUUUGCUGGGCAUUUCUGCUAAUUGAAGCACUUUUGCUCAUCGAAAUAAACGUUGGUUUGCGGGGAAAGAAGGGGAAGAAGGAAGAGGAGAGUGAAUUUGAGGUAAUUUCCAUAAGGACAAUGGCCCAAGAAACACUGGGAGAUUGGGGUGGAACUUUGGCCACAGUGAUCUAUGUUUUCUUGGGUUACACUUCAAUGAUUGCAUACAGUUCCAAGUCUGGGGAAAUCCUCUUCCAUUUGAUCAAUCUUCCUGAAUCAGUUUCUGGCUUCUUGUUUACUGGAAUUUUUACCAUGCUUAUCUCUGUUGGUGGAACCCAAGCCACUGAUCAAGUCAACCAAUGGCUCACUAUUUCCACGAUAGGUUUAUUAAUUGCAAUUGAAGCGCUAGCAGUUGUGUUCGGAGGGUGGUCAGGGCUGGAGGGAAGUGGUGAUUGGGGGAAAGUUCCAGCCACCAUUCCUGUCAUGAUAUUUUCUUUGGUAUACCAUGAUAUAGCACCCGUGCUUUGUGCUUAUUUAGGCAGUGACCUUACCCGGUUAAGGGUUUCAGUUUUGCUUGGUAGCGUUGUCCCAUUGUUGGCAUUGCUUGUUUGGGAUGCUAUUGCACUUGGCCUGUCAGCACAAGCUGACCAGAUUGUUGAUCCUGUUGAACUGCUUAUGAGGGUAAAAUGGAGUGGAGUUUCCUUCAUGGUAGAAGCAUUUUCACUUCUGGCAGUAGGAACAUCAAUGAUUGGCACUCUCCUAGGCUUCUCAGAGUUCUUUAAGGAGCAGCUUAAGAACCUCUCAUGGCAUUCUUCUUCAAUGCAGAUAGCACCAUUGACACCGGAUGACCUACAGCAGAAACCAGACAAACCCUCAGGGCUGACAAAUUGGUGGGGAAGAAAUAAAACCAGCUUCACAGCAAUGGCGAUGGUUGUCACUCCAACUCUUUUAGUCUCAACAACAGUUCCAGAUGCAUUCUCUGCUGCUACAGAUAUUGCUGGGGGAUACUGCAUGACACUGCUGUAUGGAGUUCUCCCACCAGCAAUGGCUUGGGCCAUGCAAAACAGAGAAGGUGAGGAUUCUCAUCAGAAGGCAUUAACAAGACCCAAGCCUGCACUUUUUGGAGUAGGACUAUUUGCCUGUGCGAUAGUGGUGGAGCAAAUCCUACAGGAUUUCUUGGCGUUGCAUUUCUGAGAAGGAUAAACAUGCCUCCUGCUGCAUCUGUCUGUAUUAUUAUACCAAUUGCUUAAUUGAUACUUGCAAUUUGUUUAAUAGUCCAUUUACCAAUAGUCUUUGGAAUAUAUUAAAGGUUGUUUCUAUUACUUUUCCCUGUUUCCAAGAAAAUAUACUAGCAACAAUUGGGAAAAAGUUUGGUGCUUAAGCUCAGGAUUGGCUGAAUAAGAGAGCCUGAAUGGCACCUUCUGUAA